GCAUCGGGUCUGCAGCCUCACAGAUAAAGAGCGAAAGGACUCUGUGUUGAUCGGCCUGGACAUUCAUUCCAGUUACAACACAUUCAUUUAACAAGCUGCGGACAUUUAAAGGAUGGAUUUGGACAUGGUGAAUAUGUUCGUCAUUGCCGGUGGGACGUUGGCGAUACCCAUUCUGGCAUUUGUAGCCUCCUUCAUGCUCUGGCCUGCAGCACUUAUUAAAGUCUACCACUGGUACUGGCGGAGAAGGCUGGGGAUGCAGGUGGAUUAUGCAGAACAUGAAGGAUAUCGCUUCUGUUAUUCUCACAGAGGGACUCCAGGCGUACGGCCGUCCUUUCUCAUGUUACAUGGCUUUUCUGCACACAAGGACAUGUGGCUCACUAUAGUCAAGUUUCUCCCUAAAAAUUUGCACUUGAUAUGUGUUGACAUGCCCGGACACGAAGGUACCACACGGACCAGUGCCAUAGAUUACUCCAUAGAGGGCCAAGUUAGACGCAUGCAUCAGUUUGUGAAGAGCAUCCAGCUGAACAAAAAGCCUUUCCACCUGAUCGGCACGUCGAUGGGCGGAAACGUCGCCGGAGUUUAUGCUGCGCGCCACCCGUCCGAUCUCUGUGGUCUAACGCUCAUCUGUCCGGCAGGUCUUCAGUAUCCCACUGAAAGUAAGUUUGUUCAGCAUUUGAGGGAACUGGAGACUACUCCGGAUAGUGACAGGAUACCACUCAUACCCUCCACAGCAGAGGAGAUGGAGAAAAUGCUGCAAUUAUGCUUUUAUGUCCGCUUUAAGAUUCCUAAACAGCUUCUUCAAGGACUGGUUGAUGUUCGCAUUCCAAACAAUGACUUCUACCGAGAGUGUUUUAUGGAGCUUGUUGGAGAGAAAUCGAGACACUCUUUACACGAGAGCAUGCAUCUCAUCUCAGCUCCACUACAAGUUAUUUGGGGAAAGAAUGACCAGGUGCUAGACAUGUCUGGAGCUUCGGUUCUCGCUGAGGCCGUUCCUGGUUGCCAGGUUCAUCUCUUAGACAACUGUGGCCACUCUGUAGUGAUGGAACGGCCAAGAAAAUCUGCCCAGCUCAUCAUGGACUUUAUCACCGCACAACAGAACACAGGCAGCAACAGCAAGAAGAAACUUUCAUAAGACUAGACCAUAUAUUUGUGCAAUGUAUGGGUUGGUGGUUGCAUAAAAGCUAUGGAUCUCAGCUGCAAACACAAAGGUUGUUGGUUCAAUCCCAAGAAACUGAAAAAUUACAGAGAUCGUAGUACUGCUAUUGUACCUAUAAGCUUGGCACCCAAUUGUACGGUGCUGAGAGUAUUCAUACAGUUUUUGCACUAAAAGCUAAAUAAGAAGUACCAGUAUUGUCCACUUUUUACAUAAUCAGUAAAUGUAUUUUUAAGUGAACGCACAGUCGCCAUCUGAUCUAAUCACAGCAGUUUUUUGCCAUCCAGUUUUUAUUUAAGUGGAUUUGACAGACAUGAGAGACACAUAACAAUACUGUUUGCAAGUUUAAAAGUGAAAUGCUUUUAUUAAAGUUUUGUUAUUGUGUUAUUUACGAAAAAUAUAAUGGGCUGAAAGUAUUACAGCAAAACUCAUAAUGUGUAUUUUAACUGUCAUUAACAAAGUAACAGUUCUUAGCUUAUUUCCAGUGAGUCAAUUUAUUUAGUCUGAUUCUUCCAGUCACUGGUCCUACUGAUUCAUAUGUCUUUUUGAUUCACUUAAAGAACCGGCUCAAAAGAGCCAUUUGCUUGGGAAUAGACCACACUUCUUGCACUUUGUUUCACGCUGUAGAUUCAGUAGCAGUGUUGUGGCGCCGCUCAAUAGUAGUGUAGUAAUUCUUUUAGUAUGAGUUUCUGCCUGAAUCGGCAUUCGAGAAACAUUGACAUUGACUGCAUGAAAAUCAUUUGGUUCUGGUAUUUUAAUGCAAUCAUUUUUGGAGAACUUGUGUGGUAGUGGGUAAUUAAACUUACAUCAACUUAAAUCUGAGAAAGUUCUUACCACUUCUUGAUGGCAUGAACAGCCCUGAGAACAUUGCUUCACUUGAACUCAGUACUUUGUUGAAGCAGCUUUGGAAGCGAUUUUAGCCACAAGCCUUUUUGGGUAUGAUGCGACAAGCUUUGCAUACCUGGAUUUGCCAUUCUUCUCUGCAGAUAUUCAGUAAGCAUCUUACCAUUUAUAAUCCUGUAUCUACCCAGUGGACCACGUUUUAAGGAUAUGAAAAAGGACCUAUUUGUGAACCUCUAUGUGGAGCUGCAACUUUAUGUGGCGCUGCAACUCUGUGGCGCUGCAACUCUACGUGGCGCUGCAUCUGGAUGUGGCGCAAGCUGAUAUAAUACCAUUCAAAGGACCUUUCUCACAUGUUAGCAAAUUGGCUCGCUCACAUGUGACAUGUUAAGCCAACUGGCUCGUAUUUUGUAAACUGAUUGGUCCUUUGAUGUGGAAAGGGUUAGCUAAUCAACUUGCUUCUCUCUUUUUGUCUAACAUUUUAAAUUAAUCAGUUUUGCUGGUUUCUCUGAAACUCGUCUUCACCCCAGAUUCACAUAAGGUCCUGUAAUAAGACAUAUGAAACCAAACAUUUUCACAAAGUCCUAAAACAAACAAACAAACAAACAAAAAAAUAACUUUGUGGAUAAUUACAUUUUAAUUACAGAUCUGCUUGUUAGUCAAAACCCAGCAGCAUCAAAUCUGUAUUAAUGCAUCAUAUCUGACAAUAAUAAUGUGAAGACUUGGAAACGAUUGAGAAAUGUACUUUUUAUCUCAAUUUUUUUUUACUUGUAUCUUGAUUAACUGUGCAUGGACACUGGCAGGCCAAAAGUUUGGAAUGUUGUACAGAUUUUGCCCUUAUGGAAAAAAAUUGUUACUUUAAUAGACCAAAGUGGCAUUAAACUGAUCACAAAGUCAGGAUAUGACUGAUGUAAAAAACAGCACCAUCACUAUUUGAAAAAGUAAUUUUUUAUCAAAUGUAGACAGCAGCAUCACUCCAACAACUUAUCCUUGAGUAAUCAUGCUAAAUUGAUCAUUUGGUACUAUAAAAUCACUUGCCAUUAUAUCAACCACAGUUGAAAGAUAUUUGAU